AUGGGUCACAAUGCCCAGAGUGCACACACAAGAAAUAAUGGGUCACUCAAUGCCCAGAGUGCACACACAAGAAAUAAUGGGUCACUCAAUGCCCAGAGUGCACACACAAGAAAUGGGUCACUCAAUGCCCAGAGUGCACACACAAGUAAUGGGUCACUCAAUGCCCAGAGUGCACACACAAGAAAUAAUGGGUCACUCAAUGCCCAGAGUGCACACACAAGAAAUAAUGGGUCACUCAAUGCCCAGAGUGCACACACAAGAAAUAAUGGGUCACUCAAUGCCCAGAGUGUACACACAAGAAAUGGGUCACUCAAUGCCCAGAGUGUACACACAAGAAAUGGGUCACUCAAUGCCCAGAGUGCACACACAAGAAAUGGGUCACUCAAUGCCCAGAGUGCACACACAAGAAAUGGGUCACUCAAUGCCCAGAGUGCACACACAAGUAAUGGGUCACUCAAUGCCCAGAGUGCACACACAAGAAAUGGGUCACUCAAUGCCCAGAGUGCACACACAAGAAAUGGGUCACUCAAUGCCCAGAGUGCACACACAAGAAAUGGGUCACUCAAUGCCCAGAGUGCACACACAAGAAAUGGGUCACUCAAUGCCCAGAGUGCACACACAAGAAAUAAUGGGUCACUCAAUGCCCAGAGUGCACACACAAGUAAUGGGUCACUCAAUGCCCAGAGUGCACACACAAGUAAUGGGUCACUCAAUGCCCAGAGUGCACACACAAGAAAUGGGUCACUCAAUGCCCAGAGUGUACACACAAGAAAUGGGUCACUCAAUGCCCAGAGUGCACACACAAGAAAUGGGUCACUCAAUGCCCAGAGUGCACACACAAGAAAUGGGUCACUCAAUGCCCAGAGUGCACACACAAGAAAUGGGUCACUCAAUGCCCAGAGUGCACACACAAGAAAUGGGUCACUCAAUGCCCAGAGUGCACACACAAGAAAUGGGUCACUCAAUGCCCAGAGUGCACACACAAGAAAUGGGUCACUCAAUGCCCAGAGUGCACACACAAGUAAUGGGUCACUCAAUGCCCAGAGUGCACACACAAGAAAUGGGUCACUCAAUGCCCAGACUGCACACACAAGAAAUGGGUCACUCAAUGCCCAGAGUGCACACACAAGAAAUGGGUCACUCAAUGCCCAGAGUGCACACACAAGUAAUGGGUCACUCAAUGCCCAGAGUGCACACACAAGAAAUGGGUCACUCAAUGCCCAGAGUGCACACACAAGUAAUGGGUCACUCAAUGCCCAGAGUGCACACACAAGAAAUGGGUCACUCAAUGCCCAGAGUGCACACACAAGAAAUGGGUCACUCAAUGCCCAGAGUGCACACACAAGAAAUGGGUCACUCAAUGCCCAGAGUGCACACACAAGAAAUAAUGGGUCACUCAAUGCCCAGAGUGCACACACAAGAAAUAAUGGGUCACUCAAUGCCCAGAGUGCACACACAAGAAAUAAUGGGUCACUCAAUGCCCAGAGUGCACACACAAGAAAUAAUGGGUCACUCAAUGCCCAGAGUGCACACACAAGAAAUGGGUCACUCAAUGCCCAGAGUGCACACACAAGUAAUAAUGGGUCACUCAAUGCCCAGAGUGCACACACAAGAAAUAAUGGGUCACUCAAUGCCCAGAGUGCACACACAAGAAAUAAUGGGUCACUCAAUGCCCAGAGUGCACACACAAGAAAUAAUGGGUCACUCAAUGCCCAGAGUGUACACACAAGUAAUAAUGGGUCACUCAAUGCCCAGAGUGCACACACAAGAAAUGGGUCACUCAAUGCCCAGAGUGCACACACAAGAAAUAAUGGGUCACUCAAUGCCCAGAGUGCACACACAAGAAAUGGGUCACUCAAUGCCCAGAGUGCACACACAAGAAAUGGGUCACUCAAUGCCCAGAGUGCACACACAAGAAAUAAUGGGUCACUCAAUGCCCAGAGUGCACACACAAGAAAUGGGUCACUCAAUGCCCAGAGUGCACACACAAGAAAUAAUGGGUCACUCAAUGCCCAGAGUGCACACACAAGAAAUAAUGGGUCACUCAAUGCCCAGAGUGCACACACAAGAAAUAAUGGGUCACUCAAUGCCCAGAGUGCACAUACAAGUAAUGGGUCACUCAAUGCCCAGAGUGCACACACAAGUAAUGGGUCACUCAAUGCCCAGAGUGCACACACAAGUAAUGGGUCACUCAAUGCCCAGAGUGCACACACAAGAAAUGGGUCACUCAAUGCCCAGAGUGCACACACAAGAAAUGGGUCACUCAAUGCCCAGAGUGCACACACAAGUAAUGGGUCACUCAAUGCCCAGAGUGCACACACAAGAAAUGGGUCACUCAAUGCCCAGAGUGCACACACAAGAAAUGGGUCACUCAAUGCCCAGAGUGCACACACAAGUAAUGGGUCACUCAAUGCCCAGAGUGCACACACAAGAAAUGGGUCACUCAAUGCCCAGAGUGCACACACAAGAAAUAAUGGGUCACUCAAUGCCCAGAGUGCACACACAAGAAAUGGGUCACUCAAUGCCCAGAGUGCACACACAAGAAAUGGCAAAACAAUAUUCCUCUUGGGCAAGGUAAAUGUACAAAACCACUAA